AUGCCUGCUAAGCGUCGCACGACCACCACUACUACCCACGUUACCCUCGAUGGGAGCGACUCGUUCAAUUCGUCCUCGAGGCUCGGCACCCGCGAAGACGAAAAAGAGUUUUUGGGAAGUCUCAACAGUCGCCUCGCCACAUACAUCGACCGUGUGCGCCAUCUCGAGCAAGAGAACAAUCGUCUAACCGUGCAGAUCAAGGACAUCGAGAUUGUUGAGAGGAAGGAGAAGGACAACCUUGCACACCGAUAUGAAGCCGAAACGGAGCGACUCCGUAAACAAUAUGAGUACAACGCUGGUCGGCUGGCCAAGUUGGAGAUCGAGCGUGACACCGCCGUCGCUGCCAGAGACGAACUUGAAGCGCUAGUUGCCCGUUUGGAGCAGGAGUUGAAUGUCUCCGAGAGCCGUCGUCAACAGGCUGAAAGUCUGUCCAACGAUUAUCACGCUCGUCUCCAGACGGCGGAAGGCAAAAACAAGACUUACGAGGCUGAGAAUGCGGACCUCAAGAAGGAAAACGAUCGUCUUCGUAAGCAGCUCGCCGCUCUCAAAAAGAGCCUCGAAGAUGAAAACGUGUUGCGCGCGGAGUUGCAGAACAAGCUGCACUCGGCCAAGGAGGAGCUGGAGUUCGAGCGCGGAAAUCAUCGUCAGCAACUCGAAGACGUACGUCGGAAGCGCCAAGUAGAGAUGACGACGAUCUCGAAGCAGCUGGAGACCGACUACGAAAACCGUCUCAACGCUCAACUCGAUGCCAUGCGUGAAGAUUUCGCUAACCGCCUUGCCGCCAACCGCGCCACGUUCGAAGAACAAUACAAGAACAAGUUGAACGACGCUUCCGACAUGGCUGAGCGCUUCCGCGAUGAGGCUUACCGCCUUCGCGUUCAGGUUUCGGACCUCGAAAAGUCUAACCAAGGCGUCGAGGGUCAGAUCGAUGCUAUGAGACGCAAGAUUUCUGGACUGGAGUCUGAGAUGGAGAAGCUUCGUCACUCAAAGGACGAACGCAUCUACGAGCUGAACAAUGAAAUUCAGCGCAUGAUGCAAGAAUACCAGGAUCUCUGCGAUACGAAGAUUCAAUUCGAAAUGGAGCUGAAGGCGUACCAGGCGCUGCUUGAAGGAGAGGAGACUCGCCUGAACCUGUCUCACAAUGCGUCCAACGCUUCAUCUCGACAUGUCUCGUUCUCAACGACCAACAACUCUGCUUCACGCGGGGUCAAGAGAAGGCGUUUGAGCAAUGGAGAGGACUACGACUUCACUCACCAGCGCAGCCGUUUUGUCGCCGGAACUGCUGGUGACAUUAGUUUCGAAAACGCUGAUGAGGAGGGCAAAUCGAUCACGAUCAAGAACAACGGCGCCGAAACUGUGUCCCUCGGUGGCUGGGAGCUUCGGGUGACGACUGAUGAUCGCGAGGUCGUCUACAAAUUCAACCCUAAGCUGGUACUCCGCUCCAAUAACUACCUUACGAUCUGGUCGGCGAACUCUGGCCAGAAGCACAACCCGCCUUCUGAUUUGGUGAUGAAGAACCAGAACUGGCCCGUGGGAGCCAGCCCGGAAGCCGUCAUUGUGGACGGUGAAGGUGAGCGCCAGGCUUGGAUGGAGGCGGUGCAUGACACCAGCUAUGGUGACAAGGCCCAAGACCGCUGCUGCAUCAUG